AUGUCUCCCCUCGCCAAACUCUAUCUCAUUGCCUCACGCUUCGCUUCCUCGAGCACGCGGCGCUGGACUGAUCGGCAGCGAGGGGACCAGUUUGCUCGCGCCGCAAAAGUCCAAGGAUUGAAGAGUCGGGCGGCUUUCAAGCUGUUACAGAUCAAUGAGCGAUACAGGCUUUUCAAGCCUGGCAUGACUGUGGUGGAUCUGGGGUUUGCGCCGGGGAGUUGGAGUCAGGUCGCCAUUGACCUGACAAAGCCUCGGGGACGAGUGCUAGGUGUUGAUCUCCUUCCCGUCCAGCCGCCAAAGGGUGUGUCGACAAUCCAAGGCGACUUUCUGUCCCCAGACAUUCAAGCCGAGAUAAAGUCCUUUCUGCGAAACCCCGACCGGGGCCGUCUACGGCAACCACUCACGCUAGGCUCGUCCGCAACUUCAGAUGGCGGACUAGACCAAGCGGUGCUCGAGGAUGAGGCAACUGGCUACCUCGAGCGCGAAAGCCACGAGAAGACGCUUGAGGAAGAAGAGCAAGAUCGACAACAUCUGGACAAGUCGGUCGACGUGGUGUUGAGCGACAUGUGUGAACCCUGGGACCCGCUUGAAGGGCUUUACAAGAAGAGCAUCAGUAACCCUUAUCGCAGGUUGAUGAACACGAGUGGAAAUGCCUUUCGCGAUCAUGCAGGAAGUAUGGAUCUCUGCAGAGCCGCCCUGCGAUUCAGCUACGACACGCUCAAAGUCGGCGGACAUUUCGUGUGCAAAUUCUACCAGGGCGUCGAAGACAAGGCGCUGGAGAAGAGCCUCAAGGCCAUGUUCCACAAGGUCCAUCGCGAGAAACCCGAGAGCUCGCGGAGUGAAUCCCGCGAGGCGUAUUUCGUGGGCAUCAAGCGGUUGGCAAAGGUUGAUCGGGACGCGGUGUUUGCCGAGCCGUGA